GCAGGAGGCUCGGGUGAACCGGAGGGUCCGGAGGGUCUGGAUGUUGUGGAUGUUGUGGAUGUUCCGGGGGUUCUGGAUGUUCCGGUGGUGCUCCCGGCUCGUGUAGAGGACCGCGCCCGCUCUGCCUGGGCUCCUCCGCGGCCGGACCGUCCGUGCGUGCCCGGGGACAGCUCUCCUGUCCGGGGGGCGGCUGAGGACCGACGCUGGAGGCUCCGGUGGGACAUGGGGCGGACGGGAGCCGCGGGAGCCUCGUGAGCCGCGGCAGCUGUGACAUGUCCGCGGCGGAGGCGGCUCGGGGCCGCGUGGUGCUCGUGAAGAAGGUCAGCCUCCGGGACGGGCCCACGAUCCACCAGGGGGUGGGACGUCCCAGUGUGUACCACGCCAUCGUCGUCAUCUUCCUCGAGUUCUUCGCCUGGGGACUCCUGACCACGCCCAUGUUAACAGUUCUUCAUGAGACUUUCCCUCAGCACACGUUCCUCAUGAACGGACUCAUCCAAGGAGUCAAGGGGCUGCUCUCGUUCAUGUCGGCUCCUCUGAUUGGUGCGCUGUCAGACGUGUGGGGCAGGCGGACGUUCCUAUUGGUCACUGUGUUCUUCACGUGUGCGCCCAUCCCCCUCAUGAGGCUCAGCCCCUGGUGGUACUUCGCCAUGAUCUCGAUGUCUGGAGCGUUCUCCGUCACAUUCUCUGUGAUCUUCGCUUAUGUGGCCGACGUAACGGACGAACGAGAGAGGAGCACCGCCUACGGACUGGUGUCUGCCACAUUUGCUGCGAGUCUGGUGACGAGUCCUGCGAUUGGUGCGUACCUGUCGGCGUGGUACGGGGACACUCUGGUGGUGCUCCUCGCCACGCUCAUCGCCCUCGCCGACAUCCUCUGCAUCCUCAUCGCCGUCCCCGAGUCUCUGCCCCCGCACACGCUGCACGCCUGGGGCGGACCCAUCAGCUGGGAGCACGCCGACCCCUUCCAGUCCCUGAGGAGGGUGGGGCAGGACUCCACAGUUCUCCUGAUCUGUGUCACUGUGUUCCUGUCGUAUCUCCCCGAGGCCGGACAGUACUCCAGCUUCUUCCUCUACCUACGACAGGUCAUAAACUUCUCGUCCACCACCAUCGCCGUCUUCAUCGGAGUCGUGGGGAUUCUGUCCAUCGUCGCCCAGACUCUGUUGCUGACUCUCUUGAUGAGGACUUUGGGAAACAAAAACACAGUUCUUCUGGGUUUGGGCUUCCAGAUUCUGCAGCUCGCCUGGUACGGCCUCGGCUCCGAGCCCUGGAUGAUGUGGGCCGCUGGAGCUGUGGCUGCGAUGUCGUCCAUCACGUUUCCGGCCGUCUCUGCUCUGGUGUCUCAGUCUGCAGACGCCGACCAACAAGGUGUGGUCCAGGGGAUGAUCACUGGGAUCCGUGGGCUCUGUAACGGUCUGGGUCCGGCUCUUUACGGAUUCGUUUUCUUCAUGUUCAACGUAGAACUCAACUCCAUGGACCCGAUCCAAGAGCAGUACGACCUGGACCCCCUGCCCCGCCCCACCGAGCGCUCCCUGGUCCCGGGUCCUCCGUUCCUGUUGGGGGCGUGUGCCGUCGUCGUGGCGUUCGUCGUCGCUCUUUUCAUUCCGGAAAAAUCCAAGAUGGCGCCGGAGCUGUCACUCACCCAGAAGCCCCGCCCUGACAGCAAGCAUUCCCUCUCCUCAUUGGCCGGCGUCCACAUAAACACGCCUCUACCAGGAAGUGAAGAGGAAGCGCCCAACUCCGCAGCCAAUCAGGAGGACUCUGAGCCGCUGCUGCAGGACAGUGUCGUCUGAUUGGUCCAUUUGAACACCCUGGGGAACAGGCAGAGUGGGCGGGUCCAGUUGUUUUAAGACACUUGAUUGGACCUGAAUGUUUUGGAGCCAAAUGGGCGGAGCCAUGGAUCACAAAAAGAAGGUUUGAAAAAAUAGACCCGUAUGACACAAACUGACCAUGUCCUAACACGGUUUCAUCCACACAUGUUUGGAGACGCAGACAGAUUUAU